GGAGCCCAACACCCCUAUUCCUCUUCACGCAUUUUUAGUUUCUUGUUCUCUCCUUUACUCCUUUUAUAAAAGAAACCUUCCUCCUCUGAGAUUUCUACUUCUUCUAAGAGUUAUUUUUAUUUUUUAAACACAUUAAGAGGUUUUAGUAACAAAUGGGUUUCUCUAGAGCAAAACGUGUCACCGACCCACUAGCCGACGAGGCUAGGGCUCGUCUCGUUGGGUGCAGCUUCAGCAGCGGCAGCGAACAUACCGGCGACGGUAUCGACGACUUCGACGAUGACUCCCCGUGUCUCUCCGACCUAGUCCAAGGCUUCUUGGAAGAUGAAACUAACCAUAACGUUAAUAACGAGGAGCCACGCUGGUGUGACACCGACUCGGAAUCAGACUCAGACUCCGACUCGGAGCAACUCGAGCUCCCUGACUUCGCCGACGACAUUGCCAAGAUUCUAAAGAACUCUCUUAGAGAAGAUAACUACGGUCGCAUGGUGCUCUUUCACGUGGCGAAGGCAAUGGAAAUCCUGUCGUCUAAAGGAUCUAAACAAGAACAGCGUGCCGUUUCGCGACGUGAGCUCAUGUCCGUUUUAAGACGGUUCGGACACAAUGCUGCGGUUUGCAAAACGAAAUGGAAAUCCUCCGGGGCCCUCACCGCCGGAAACCACGAGUUUAUCGACGUCGUUUACACACCCGCCGCCACGUCAUCUCCGACCAUACGUUACAUCGUGGAUUUAGACUUCGCGUCGCGGUUUCAGAUCGCUAGACCGACGGCACAGUACUCGCGUGUGCUUCAGUCACUUCCGGCGGUUUUUGUCGGGAGAGGGGAAGAUCUCAAGAAGAUCUUAAGGCUCGUGUGCGACGCGGCGAGGUUGUCGCUAAGGAGCCGUGGUCUAACGCUUCCACCGUGGAGGAAGAAUCGUUACAUGCAGACGAGGUGGCUUGGUUCGUUUAAACGCACCGUUAACUUAACGCCUUCGUCUCCCGCCGUUAACACCGUCAUGUGUCGUGCCGUUGGUUUCGGUAACGCCGUCGGUGACGGUGACCGUCUAUUUGUGCGGAGUCGAUAAUUUAAACGAAUAAAGCCACGUGGCAUGUUUUAACUCGUGAUUUUCCCUGAUUCUAGAGAAUAAUAGUUCAUUAUUUAAUAUUUUUUUUCGUAUGAAAUAAAUACAAACAAAUGAAAGCCAAAAAAAUAAUCCAGAUUUUACGUAG